CCGUUCCCGCUUGGGAGCCCUUGAAAGCUCCGCCCAGCCCUGGGGAUCCUUGACAUGUUGGCCAUCGCUCAUUCUCAUCAGCGGUAGUACAAGAACAUCGUUCGACCCUUUCCCCCAGCCUAGCCCGCUCUCCGUGCUAGCUUCGCAUUCACGUCACUUCCUCCCAUCAUCGCCUGGCCUGGUUAACUUGCCUCAUAUAAGACCUGGUGUCUCGCAUCUCCGUUCCUCUCGGCCCAUUGACUCUCACCAACCAUACCUCCAUCUUGUCCAAUUCCUCUCCUCCCACGUCGUAUAAUCCUCCUCCAUACAGUACAUCAACAAGAAGAACAACACAAUGAGCGGCGCUGGUGGUUUUUACAAGUACCGAUGCAAGUACUUUUACACACACAACUGCCCCAACUGGGUUUGGGUGAACAAUGCGCCUUGCGCAUCAUGUCUUGCCGAUGGUCGCGAUAACGAAGAACCCCAUCUACCAUCAUGGGGACUUCCCCGGGACAUCGUCGUGCCCCAAGUCCUCGACGGAAUCCUUCAGUACACCCUCAUGGAGCUUGUAGCUCCUUCAGAACCUGGCGACGACUGGACGCUCAGGGACAAGGCCAACCGACCACCGCCAUCGAUCCCCGUGACCAGUGCAAUGCCAGGUAUACCGGGAAUCAUGUCACAUCACCAUCGCUUCUGAGAGGGGCAGGGGGGAGGGGCCUUGAGGGACACCACCCUCCAAGGGCUUCCCCAAAACCAAAUUUGACGACAAACUGAGCUUGGGAAAUAAUUAUCGACGAAAAGGGAUUAUCGAAUCAACGACGGAAAACGCACGAGGAAAGGAUCUAAUCGCAUCUCAUCUGGGAUAAACACCAGCAAGAUUUGCAAGCCUUCUCUCUCGACCGCUGACCGGAUUGGAUUGUAACGCGCCAUCGAGGCGUAGUGCAGUGUACGACUUCUGAAAGAUUCUGACGGGAUUCAUUCGCAGGCAGACAGACAUUGCGACUGCGACGCUGAAUAUUGGAUGCAACGGGAGAUUGGUGGCUGGAGAUGGAAAGAUCGCAAGCAAACAAAACCCCCCGGAGAUACCCAUGCGCUGUGUUGGACGUUUCUGGAGACGGGGGACUCCAUUCUGGAAUUGUUCUUUUUUUGUUUUUUUUGGGGAGAAUCAUCUAACGGGCGCGUAUGUGUGUUUCACUGGGCAUGGGAACAUCUAUUGUCUUUUUUUUGGGCGGUUCUGGAGCCGGGAAAUUGAUUUCUUGACCCUCCUCCCCAUUGGGGAUUGACGAGGCAACAUCUCAUUUCAUUUCGUGU